AUGAGGGCGUCCAUGCUCAAGAGGUGCCCAGUCUCCUCAUACGAGGACGUCCUCGGAGUCUUCAAGAAAGAGAUUGGAGAAUUGCCACAAAUUCUUGCAAGUGCUUCUCUUGCACAAGUCCAUGCCGCCACAACACGUGAUGGGAAAAAGUCGUUGUUAAGGUCGCUGUUAUACUGUAAGAAAAGACUGUAG